AUGGGUAAUUGUAUGAGUAGUGGCUCCAAAACUUUAACAUCAGAAAAAGAAACUCACCAGACCACAAAACGUACAACUCAAACGAUCCAACGAAACGAUAACAAUGCAACAAUAAAGAAACCAACUCCCGUAAAGGUUUCCAAGCCAUCAUAUCAACAAUCCAAGGGCCACAAGCUAAGUGAUAACUCUUCAAGUGAACCGGAUAGCUCAAUCCAAAUCCUAAGCCCAAAGGAAGCUGCUGCUAAAGCUGCUGAACAACGAAUGAUUGAAAAGGCCAAAUCACAGGGGAAACUAGGAAAUAAAUUAGAACAAGAGAGAAAGAAGAGUGCAAGAACUCAUCUUGCUGAUGAAAGUGAACGUGUAAUUCAAAUGAAGAAAGCUAGUGAACUAGUUUAUGAUUGA